CAAAGAGCAGGGCUUAAAAAAAUCGGAGAAUCGAAUUGAGUCGGCUGUUUUGUAUUAGAAUUGAUAUACUCCUUCCAAGAUUCCUUGAAUAGUUGGUUUUCAGACAAAAGGGGCGAUUAUAGGGUUACUGGGCCGAAUCCGAGUCCACCGUGAAUUAGAAUAAACCGAGACCGAUCUUGUAAUAGAAACCUUUUCGUUUUUCUUGUUCAGCUUGUCUACAGGUCGUUUUCUUCGCUCUCCUGUAAUUGUGUUGCUGUUCUUCGCUGCCAGCGAAGAACAACGACGAUGAGUUCUGGUUUUGAUUCCUUCAUUCGCCUGAACAUUGGGGGAAAGAAAUUCUGCACAACAGUGGACACGUUGACUCAACGUGAACCUGAUUCAAUGCUUGCAGCAAUGUUCAGUGGCCGCCAUACAGUUUCUCAAGACCCUGAAAAGGGGUUUGUCUUUGUUGAUAGGGACGGGAAGCAUUUUCGGCAUAUUCUCAAUUGGUUGAGGGAUGGUGUUGUUCCCACACUGAAAGAUUUAGAAUAUCCAGAGCUUCUGCGUGAAGCAGAAUACUAUCAACUACUUGGAUUAGUUGAGGGAAUCCAUGCAGUUUUAAAUGGGAGCAAGGAUGAGGAUGAUGAUGCUAAAAUGGACAUGACUGAAUUGACACGCACAGAUAUCAUCAAAUGUAUACAAUCUAAGAGAGUUAGAUUUAGAGGGGUGAAUCUAUCUGGCCUUGAUCUCUCUAAACUGGACCUGUCAUUUGUUGACUUCAGCUAUGCAUGCCUUCGAAAUGUCUUCUUCUCACGAGCAAAUCUUCAGUCUGCAAAAUUUCUGGUUGUCGAGGCUGAGGGAUCCAAUUUUCACAAUGCUAUCCUGCGUGAAUGUCAAUUUAUGGGUGCAAACCUUCGUGGUGCUGUAUUAGCCGGUGCUAAUCUCCAGAGUGCAAAUCUACAGG